GUUUUUGAGAAUCAUGGAGAUAGAUGGCAAAGAAAAUCUCGUCAAAGGUGCUCAGGUUUCUAAAUCACCAGGCAAACCAACCGGACAGUUCAUAAAGUCUCCUGGACCCAAGGUAGCUAAACUUCUGGAUAUAUUCGCCAGCGGAAGUCCUAGACCUCAUGAUUCGGAUUCGGAACCAGAAAGUGCAGACAAGGAAGAGCUUAAGUAUGAUUUUGAAAAAGCGCAAGCUAAGCGUGUGAAGAAAAUGCGAGCAGCCCAAGCAGCUAGACUGAAUGAAAGCUACAUGGAAGCAAGUAUGGUUAUAAGUAACCUUCUGAAAUCAGAAGAGGGAGAAGACGACAGUUCAGAUGUAGAAUCAGCCAAUGAGAUCGAAGCUACAUCAAGUUUGACGAAUCAGGUUGAGACUCCAAAGAACCGAGCGCAAGAUGUGAAGAAGUCCUUGUUUUCGUCCUCGGCUGAAGUAGAACAUCCAGGGUUUGAUGUGCAGAAAUUUUUGAAAAACUUGAACAAUAAAACCACGAAUGAGGAAUCUGCGGCGAAUUCGGGAAGUAGUAGAACUGACGUUAUACAAAGAGAAGCAGCAAGUGGGCAAAAUGAGGAAAGUCCAAGACCAACAGCAGCUCUUGCGUAUUUCCACCUGGUGUCAGCGGGCGAUCGGAUUGAAACACCAUCUAAGAGACCUAAACUAGGAUCAAGUGCGCGGAUGCAGAACCUUCUGUCCAGUUUCGAAAAUGUGGACGACCCCAUUAGGCCAAAGAGUUGCACUCUGCAGAGAAAUAAUGAUAACGUCGCCACAGAGUCAAAAGACAGCCCAGCUAAACAUUCUACAGAGAAACCGAAUUUUCCCGAAGAAAUUAAAUUAGAUAUUCAAAUGAAGACAGAAAACAAGCCACAAAAAAGCAGCCAUAAAGCCACAACGCCGAAAAAGCCACAAGUGUCCAGUUAUGUCUCAAGCAUGAUCACACAACUGCAGAAUAGUCAUGGCAAAAAGCGUACAGACUCGGAUUCCGAUCAAGAUUUCGAAUCUGCUGAAGAAUGUUAUCAAAGCGAAGAGAAGAGUAAAAAGGAUACUCCUCAGGGACAAGUGUCUGACGAAGCUAAAGAAAAUAAGGUUUCUAAACCUGAUCUUAACUCUAUAGAGUCAGUUACAACUGAAUGUAAACAGAAUUUGUUGAACAGUCAUGCUGAAGAUCGCGCAGAAAAGAUAGUCAAGAAACCUGCAGAUGCACGUGUUAUAGUUGUGGUCAAGAAUGAAGCUAAGAAAACAGCGAUUACUGAGAAUGAGAGUGAGUCGCGAGUUUUUUUGGCUAGAGAGCGAGAUCUAUGUAUAGAUCCAAGUAUGAGCGAGUUACAGAAAAUGCUUCUGCAGAAGUCGAGGGAUCUGAAGCGACAGCCGGUUCCAAAAGAGCGAGCACCUGGACUAGAGUUGGGCAAAGUGGUCGGAGACUCUUCUACUGGUACAAAUAGUAGGCAAACUGAUUCAGCAUUAACUACUGCAAGUGGACAUCUGUCGGUGAAGUCGUCAGUUUUGGAGGAUGAAGGUGAUGAGCUAAUGGGAGGAGGCAGACGAGUGGAGUUCAAUUCUGAACUGGACAUCAAAAGUGCGACCUCAGACUCAUUUUCUAACUACAGCUGCUCAGCAUCUGCCAUGAAGGAUCAAGUGUUCCCUUCACACUUCGCUUAUACCUCCAACUCGAAGCUAGAGGAAACGAAUGAUAGUAUCUACAGCAAACUUAACUUCUCAAGGAGAUCGGAGAUGGACUCGACGUCAUCCGAGACUACAGAAGCGACAGUUAAUGACUGGGUGUCCCGACCAUACAUUGGGGCACAGUCAAGGCUGGGAAAUAAAAGCUACGAAGACGAAUCCGAGUAUGCAUCUACAUCAAGUGAGUUCUUGUCUUUGCCAAGACUGACAGCAACUGCUGAAAAUGAGCGUCAGUCGUUCAAGAAGUUACCGACGUCGACAUCACAGCAGUUUGAAUCGAAGACUUGUCGAGAUUUGGUUAACGAAAGGGACAAUAACUGUACCUACAGCACCAUUAGGUCGGCUAGUUCUACUUGUGCCAAUAGUGGGGACUCAACAAUCCAUUCUAGCUCAGGAGGACUUGGUGGGGAGUAUGACGUGUCAGAUGUGGACUGCACUCUGGUCUCGGAGGGAUCAGAACAAGCAGCUGCUGUCACUGCAUCGGUGCUAAUGGAUGAAAUAGAGGCACAGCAGAAGAUCAUUCAGCAAGUGAGUAGGGCUCUUAACAUAGCGGAGACCAGGAACAGCUGCAAGAACUCAGAGGAGCAAAUUGAGGCUGAGAGGGUACUGCUUCUCUCACAUGCACGACAGGAGGCGCUGAAAAACGAACUGACCGCACUCAGGAACUACACCUUGUUGAAACGCAACAGAAGCUCAGAACGGCAACUUGAAAGUGGAAGCGGGUUCUCGAGUUCAACCGAAACUAUCGACAAACCCCUGCCAUGCUACGGAAACAUCACGCUUUCCAACAUUAAUAUACCUUUAAAAAGAGACGAAAUGUUUCACCUGAAUUUGACGAAACACAAUAUACACUAUGUAUGUCUAAUAAGAUACAAAACACAAGUUAUUGCUACUCAGUUAGUAUCUGCAGGCUCAGACUACAAAGCGGUCACCUUCGCCAACAUGAUUACCUUCAGAAACGUGGACCCGAAGUUUGAACUGGUAAUUGAAGUUUGGGGUUACUCUUGUCUUAAUAUUGCAGACAAGGGACAUCAGUCGCAGCAAUCUAAUAAAGAUAAGCGAAAGAAGACCAAAUUACACAGUGCUGAGAAGCGAAAAGCGGCGUAUUUUUUGACAUCUCCUUUUGUGAAGAAAGCAAAACACUCUACAGAUACGCCAGGAAGUGCAAGUAAAGGUAGCGGUCAUCACAACGCGAAACAGAUGGCGACCUUGACUUUCUCGCCUGCUGCCACGCCUGGCUACAGGCAGAUGGGCUUCAAAAAGGCAGCUCAGGUUGUUCUGACGAAGAAAAAUUGUAACAGUAAGGAACUGCAAUUGGAACAAAUUGAAUGUGAUGACAUCAUCAAUCCACUAAAGGGGACCAUGGGAGUCUCCUGCGACCUGUACCCUUUCUUUCAAAUGGAAUUCAAAGGAUUCCUGAAUAUGGAAGACGUGAACAAAGGUAUCUGGCACAUGCGAUGGUGCGCGUUGACCAACACUAAGCUCUGCUACUGGAAAUUUGCCGAAAACGAAGCCAAACGGGCUCCGAUUGGAUGUGUGGACCUGAGGCGCUGUGUGGAAGUGGUAGAAGUGUCGAGGAGUGUGUGUGCCAUCCCACACGCAUUCGCUCUCAACAUGCAAGAGCCCUACCAAAGCGACCCCUCCUGUGUCGUCAAUUACAGACAGCUGCUGUGCACGGACUCGAAGGAAUCGAAACUAGAGUGGAUUCGAAAUUUAGAAAUCGUCAUUCUUAAUCUGAAGACCUGGUCUCAAUCGUGAACUCCCCUGAGAUGAUGAUGAUAUACUAGCUUCAAUUUAUUAAUUUCAAUUCUUGCCAUCGUAACUGAAAAGAUGAAGGCAACGAAAGAUUAAAACAGCCAUUAAUUGAAAACUUUGAAAUUGUUUUUGCUUCAAGUUUGCAGUUUUGUGUGAUUAAUAGAUUUUAUCGUUGAGUGAGUUGAUGCUCCAAUUUUUGAAGUUUGUCGAUUUACAUUAAUUUUAAUUAUUGUUAUUGUCCAUUUGUGAAAC